AGAGGCGGCUCCGGAGGGGCGGGCCGGCUCCACCCCCGGGCCCGCCGCCCGUCCGUCGCGCGCCCGCGCCUCCCAAUUCCCGGAGCCGGGUCGGGGCUCGAGGCGGCGGCGGCGGCGGCGGCUCCACUGGGCUCGGGUGGCCGGCCAGGCGCGGGGCAGGGCGGGCGGCGGCAGGGCGGUGGAUCGCGCGAAGGGCGGUGGCCUGGCCCGCUGAGCCAUGGCGGCCCCGGAGCCGGCGCCCAGGCGGAGCCGGGAGCGGGAGCGGGAGGACGAGAGUGAGGACGAGAGCGACAUCCUGGAGGAGAGCCCAUGCGGACGCUGGCAGAAGCGGCGCGAGCAGGUGAACCAGGGGAAUAUGCCCGGGAUCCAGAGCACAUUCCUGGCCAUGGACACGGAGGAGGGGGUAGAAGUGGUGUGGAACGAGCUCCACUUUGGCGACAGGAAGGCUUUCGCAGCCCAUGAGGAGAAGAUCCAGGCCAUGUUUGAGCAGCUGGCGCUGGUGGACCACCCCAACAUCGUCAAGCUGCACAAGUACUGGCUGGAUGCCUCUGAGGCCCGUGCAAGGGUCAUUUUCAUCACGGAGUACGUGUCAUCAGGCAGCCUCAAGCAAUUCCUCAAAAAGACCAAGAAAAACCACAAGGCCAUGAAUGCCCGGGCCUGGAAGAGAUGGUGCACGCAGAUCCUGUCCGCGCUCAGUUUUCUGCACGCCUGCAGCCCCCCCAUCAUCCACGGGAACCUGACCAGCGACACCAUCUUCAUUCAGCAUAACGGCCUCAUCAAGAUCGGCUCUGUGUGGUACCGCAUCUUCUCCAAUGCGCUCCCGGAUGAUCUAAGGAGCCCCAUCCUUGCUGAGCGAGAGGAACUUCGGAACUUGCACUUCUUCCCACCAGAGUAUGGCGAAGUUGCAGAUGGGACCGCUGUGGACAUCUUCUCUUUUGGGAUGUGUGCACUGGAGAUGGCUGUGCUGGAGAUCCAGGCUAAUGGGGAUACCAGAGUCACAGAGGAGGCCAUUGUUCGAGCCAGGCACUCACUGAAUGACCCCAACAUGCGAGAGUUCAUCCUCUCCUGCCUGGCCCGGGACCCUGCCCGACGGCCUUCUGCUCACAACCUCCUCUUCCACCGAGUGCUCUUCGAGGUACACUCGCUGAAGCUACUGGCAGCUCACUGCUUUAUCCAGCACCAGUACCUCAUGCCUGAGAAUGUGGUGGAAGAGAAGACCAAGGCCAUGGACCUGCAGGCUGUCUUGGCAGAGGUCCCCAGGCCCCAGCGGCCCCCAAUGCAAUGGCGGUACUCAGAGGUCUCCUUCUUGGAGCUGGACAAAUUCCUGGAGGAUGUCAGGAAUGGGAUCUACCCACUGAUGAAUUUUGCUGCUGCUCGGCCCCUGGGGCUGCCCCGUGUAUUGGCUCCACCCCUGGAGGAGGCCCAGAAGGUCAAGACCCCGACUCCAGAGCCCUUUGACUCCGAGACCAGGAAGGUGAUCCAUAUGCAGUGCAACCUGGAAAGGAGUGAGGACAAGGCACGCUGGCAUCUCACAUUGCUUCUGGUGCUGGAGGACAGACUGCACAGGCAGCUGACCUACGACCUGCUUCCAACGGACAGCGCCCAGGACCUCGCGGCUGAGCUGGUGCACUACGGCUUCCUGCGCGAGGAUGACCGGUUGAAGCUGGCCAUCUUCCUGGAGACCACCUUCCUCAAGUACCGUGGGGCCCAGGCCUGAUCCUUCCAGCCCUGGAAGCCCUGCCCUGGCUCUGCUGGCUCAGGGCUGUCCCUGUGGGGAAGAGUCCAGCACUUCUUGGAGUUGCCUUUUGCCUGCUAGCCUGGGAGCUGAUGAGCACCUGCCCUGCUCGUGAGGAUCCCUGGCCUCCUUCAGCAGCAUGGGACCCUGAGGUGGUGGUUCAGUGGCUGAGGCAGCCAGCGUGGGGGUACAGGGUGGGAUCUUCCAUGGACAGACCUCCACCAGGGGAAUCACUCCAUCACUCUGGGUUGAGCAGCCAUCCUAAGUUGGCACCACAGACCCAGGCAGGGUGCCUGGACCUCAUAAUGUGAUGGGGCCCCUGCAGCUGUCAUAACCAGUGCUGGGCAUCAAGCAGGGCCAGACCCGGCUGGAAAGAGGGUAAAGAGCCUGGAAUUGAGACCAUGGUCAGCAAAGCCCCUUGGUCCCAUGCAGAACAGCCCUGAAGUCCCCCUCUCUGACCUUGCUCUGAGACCAGGAUCUGGGGCUCUGGCACCAUCACCAAUACCCCAGCCCCUCUAAUGGGCUAUUUCUCUCCUGUAUUACCUGGCAUGGAGAGGUCAGAGGUCCUCCCUGGAGCAGCUGUAUCCUGGGCCUGGAGAUGUGGGCUUCUGUUUCUCUGUCUCUCUCUCCCACCCAACUCCUGUCUGGAUUUUAGAGGUUUCAUUACUUCCAUGGAUUCUGCCUCCACCUCCAGCGCCCUUUCUUGAACUGCCUCUCCUCCAAUUUCAAAUUCAGCUAAAUGAUCUCAAACAUUUUAAAUUGUAUGUAUAAAUUUAAUGUAUUCAGGUUUCUGUUUAAGCAUUUCAAAUGUCAAACCAGGAAGGCUCACUAACUGUAUUAGUUCUAUAUUGCUGCUGUAACAUUUAUCACAACCUUAGUGGCUCAAAACAACACAAGUUUAUUAUAAUUAUGUAGGUCAGAGUCUGAUACGAGUCUCACUAGACUAAAAUCAAGGUGUUGGCAGGUGGUGUUUUCCUAGGUUGGCAGGUGGUGAAGAUCCUAGGGGAGCACCUGCUUCCUGCUCAUUCAGGUGUUGGCAGAAUUCACUUCUACACAGUGGUGGGUCCUGUUUUCCUGCUGGCAGUCAACUGGGGACCACUCUCCAUUACCAGAAGCAGCCUGCAUUCCUUGGCUCUCCUUCCUCCACUCAAAGGCAGCAGCAGUAGGUUGAAUUUUAGCGUGAGCCAGAUAUCUGGUUGUCUAAAGCCAGGAAGGUUCUCCAUAAGGACUGCUGCCUGCAAUUGGGUGGACUCCCCCCAGAUAAUCCAGGAAAAUUGCCCCUCUCAGGGUCUCUAAGAUUAAUCACAUCUGCAGGCAUAUAUUUUGCCAUAUUAAGUGGCAUUCACAGCUCCACUGAUUUGGGAAUGGAUAUCUUUGGCAGGGGGCAUUCUCCCUACCAUACCCCCUUAACCAAAAGCCCAAAACCAAACCAGAUUUGCCAAGGCAUAUCAAAUAAAUUAAAUGAACAACUAUAA